GGCAAUUAGCAACUAGAUCCCAAGUAGUAGCAGGUGAUCAGCUCUCUUCUCUCUUAUCUCAUUGAGAAAAGAGAAAUCAAGUUUUGAUCUAUACCAGUUACACACAUAAGAGGGAGCUAGCUAGCGUGAGAUACAAAAUUAAUUACCUCCUAGCUCUUGCUGCUGCUUGCAAGCAAGAACAGUUUAAUUACCCCCAUUGAUCUCCUCUCACCAAGCUAGUUAAUUACUCAGAGAGAUCUUCCCAAUGGCUGGCAUGUCUCUUCAGCAUCCCUGGGCCUUCGCCUUUGGCCUCCUAGGCAACAUCAUCUCCUUCAUGACCUACCUGGCCCCACUGCCGACGUUCUACAGGAUCUACAAGAGCAAGUCGACGCAGGGGUUCCAGUCGAUCCCCUACGUGGUGGCGCUCUUCAGCGCGAUGCUGUGGAUCUACUACGCGCUGCUCAAGUCCGACGAGUGCCUGCUCAUCACCAUCAACUCCGCCGGCUGCGUCAUCGAGACCCUCUACAUCGCCGUCUACCUCGUCUACGCCCCCAAGAAGGCCAGGGUGUUCACCGCCAGGCUGCUGCUCCUCGUCAACGUCGGCGUCUUCGGCCUCAUCCUCCUCCUCACCCUCCUCCUCUCCGCCGGCCCGCGCCGCGUCGUCGUGCUCGGCUGGGUCUGCGUCGGCUUCUCCGUCAGCGUGUUCGUCGCGCCGCUGAGCAUCAUGCGGCUGGUGGUGAGGACGAAGAGCGUCGAGUUCAUGCCGUUCUCGCUGUCGCUGUCGCUCACCGUCAGCGCCGUCGUCUGGUUCCUCUAUGGGCUCCUCAUCAAGGACAAAUAUGUUGCGCUUCCCAACGUGCUGGGCUUCACCUUCGGCGUCAUCCAGAUGGGCCUCUACGCCAUGUACAGGAACUCCACGCCCAAGCGCUCAACCAUGGUGGCCAAAGAGGUCGAGGCCACGGCGACCGACGACGACGACGCCGCCUCCCCCACCGCCGGCGUCAAGGAGCACGUCGUCAACAUCGCCAAGCUCUCCGCCGCCGCCGCCAUCGACGUCAAGACCCGCGAGGUGCACCCCGUCGAGUCCCCGCCGGCAGAGGACCACCCGAGCGUCGCCGCCGCCGGGUCGCCGCCUCCACCGGAGGACGACAAAUCCGGCGCCGCCGUCGAGAAGAAGGCCGGCCAGGAGGAGGUGUAACCCGCGCGUGCAAUGCAUGGGUCGCCAUAAGAAGAAGAAGAAGAAGAAGGCUACACGUCGAGAUCGACUGCGUGCGUACGUAGCAUGCAUGGCCUACAUGCUGGAUCGAGAGAGAGAGCGACGUUAAAAAAAAAUUAAUGGUUAAGGGGGCUUGUAAGUUAAUUAAUUCUCGUUUUUUUCUUCCCAUUUUGUCGAUCGUCGUCGUCACCAUGCAUGUAUUUCGUCGUUGAUUCACAAAUUAAUUAGAUGCUUGCUUGCUGCUGUAAUUCAAUCUGUAAUGGGUUUUGUUUUCUCUUGUUCCGGUGAUUAAUUAAUUAAUCAGCGUGUUAAUAAUUGUCCCAAUUAGUAGUACUACAGUGUG